UUGCCCGACUUUCUACUCAAGGUUCCACACACUUUGACUGCAUAUUGCAUAGGGUGUUUAUUUUACAUUAAAUUCGAUUCAGAAAAUAUACAAGAAUUAGUGAAAAGAUUUGUUUUGAGAAGGUCGUUUAAGCAAGUGCUAAAUGAAGAUUUGACAGUUUGAUGUUAUAAUCCGUGCAACGCAGAGGCCAGGAUGCCACUUUCUGGCGUUGACAGAGAAACGGGAGAAUUCGGCGGUGAUGAGAUUUGCGUCAAAUGCAACUCGCUCAUCAACCAAGAGACGGGAGAAUGGGAAGAGCCGGUCGGAAGCAGAAAUUCAUUUAAGAUCCCUUCUUUGGCAGAGGACAAGCCUAAGAAAGCCAAGCCAACUACGAAAUUGUGCUGCAGCAAUAAGUACACCAUUCUUCUUAUGGUCAUUACACUCAUCAUGAUCCUACCGAAAGUCGGUGUCACAUUAUGGCUGUUCAUUGAGGUCAUGCUGCAUUUGUACAUCCACAGAAAACCGCAUCUCAUGGUACGCUACCCGCUGCACAGGCUGGCCAUGGCCGAGUUCUGCGGCAUAUGCCAGGCUGAGAGGUGCAAAGACAGAGUCGGCAAGCUCCAGGACAUGCGGACGUCGAAAAUGAGACAGUAUUUCAAAAGUAUGCCCAUUGGCACUUGAAAUAUUUCAGUAUUGACCGAGUGUACUUGUCACAAAUUCAAGGCUAUUGACAUUUAAAUUUAUUUUUCUAUUAACUUAAAUGCGCCUUUGUCUUCUAAAUUUGAAAAAAUCUGAAUUUUAAAGUGCAUCUUAAUUUAAACUUUGCACAGACGAGCUUUCAGGAGUAAAGCAGUCUGAUUUCAGGAAUUAUGGUAUACAUUGUAUGAUUAUUAAUGAAAUACUGUUAUCAUAAAGAGUUAAACGUGAGCUAACUCAAAUAUAUUAUUUGAAGACUUAUUAACGAACUAAAUUUUCAUUACUUAUUCGAACAGUAGAUGAAACUAGAAGUUCAACAAAGUUUAUAUAUUCAUUUGUAGUUUAUUUAGUCACAAAGUACAAAAACAAUAUUAUUAAAAAUUAAUUAAUAAUAUUUAAUAUGUGAUAUAGAUUAUUAGCAUCCAUAGAAACAAUUACUGAAAAGAGAAAAAUUGUAAAACAAAUUUUAUUCUAUGGUUUUGGGUUAAUAUAUAAGGGAAUAAAAAUAUGUACUUUCAA